AUGGUUGACGCAUCCACCGAAGUCCCGGACUCACCGAGAGCCUGGCAAGAGCAAGUCAACUUUUUGGGACUGAGCAGCCAAACCAUUCACAACGUGCCGUUGAAAUCCGCAUCCCAUGUUCCUAGGGAGCAGUUCCUCAUGCUCCGAGUGCUCUGGAAAUCUCAUACCUCUUCUGCAUUUUUGGACUAUUACGACUUGAGCCAAUGGCUGCCACGUGCGAACGCCAUGUUGAAACAUGUUUCCUCUUGGGACAAAUACUGUAAAACCUUCGACCCGAGAAGCCCGAUCCCGGAAGGGACCUUUGCCGCAGCCCGUUAUUACCAACUUCAGCCUCCGAUCAGGCAACCGGACUUCAACCCCGCGACCCCUUCAAGGAAACCAAACCAGACCUUCGAAACGCCUCAUGUGGUCGACAAUGCAGACAAAAGUCCCUCGGCCUUGUCCUCCUUCUCCCCCCCUUCCCAUUGGAGCACCAUAAGCCCCGACGAUGAAUUCAUGUACCCCCCGACGAAAGAUGAACAAAUUGUGAAUACCGCUUUGCUGGUCUACCUUGAUUCUCUCACACUCCACUUCAACCUCCCUGUCAGUUGGUCUCUGCAUCGAAUGGCAUUGACUGCAGAAUUUACGAAUGCAAAGUUCGAAGCCAGAACAGAUGGCUAUCUCGCGGAUUCCAGUGGGGAUAUCAAGGCCAUCGUCGAGGUUAAGCCUAUGCUUAGACAGACGAAGGAGCCCCAGAUUCGCAUCCAAGAGAGCCACCAAAUGGUGGCCGGGCUACUAAUGGACUACAAAUCAGCUUUACCUGCACCUCGAAAUAAGCCCCGCAUUAUAAUAUCACAAGAUAGACAGGAGAUCUACAUCUCCGUGGCAAAAUACGACGAUAAUUACAUUGCCUAUCUUCAAACUGGAAAGAAUCAAAAUAACCCCUUUAUGACCAUGCACCAGUUCGGGCCCUGGAACACUCAUAGCGCCGCUGCCAUGCGCGAAUUAGGUCCGAUUCUUCUAGCAAUCAGCCUUCGUGCGCAGCAUUACUAG